AUUAAGUCGAGGUCACCAAAAGGAAUACAGGUUUACCAUGGAAAAACUUUUCUGCAUAGUUAAUUUAAGAAAUAUAUUAUGCAGGAUAUCAUCAAUUAAGAUGUUCAAGUUAAAUCUAAGAGAAUAAUCUUGAAAUUUUGUCAGGAUUAUAAUUUUCGUUUGUAAAUUGUAGCUCUACUACUGUAAACAAAAGGCAAAUUAAGGUAGAGUUUUAAUUUCAACUGUUCUAGUGGGAGACCGCUGUAUAGGGAUAGGCCUACUGUGUGUUUACAAAACAAUGGGCUGAACGGAAAGUACGUUUAAAGUGUGCACUUGGGGAUAAAAGCUAAUUGUUGCUUUGAGACCACAAACUACACAACGCAAUGCUAUUUGCUGUAACACAGAUUCAAAAUUACAAGUACUGUAUAAAUGAGUGUCUUUGGUGGAACGGCCUCCAGCAGUAAUUAGUGUUCAAUGACACAACACCGUGUUCAAUCCAACAGUGUAGUAUAAACACAACAAGUCGCAAAAUAAAGGUAAGUCGCAAAAGAAAGGUCAAAAUAUAGGUCAACAAGAGAAAAUGAACAUGGAUUGGCUACGUAAUGCGCAUGGACAAGAACAGUGACCAAGAAUAUUGCACUUACAUGGAAACCAGAAGGAAAAAGAAGUCAAGGCAAACCAAUAGUUGGAGAAGGUCGGUUGUGUCCUCCGUGGCACGAGGACGAUUUAGAUUAGAUUUAUGUUCAGGAUCACUUGCGGAUUCAGAAAUUCAAAAUAGAAGAGGGACUGUCUUAGAUAGAACCCACCAUCGCUUGCUGAGACUUUUAAAUUUACUACUUGAGUACAAUACAAUGUCAAGUUUAGCUAGUUUGCAGAGAGUGGUUACUGGCAAUUACGUUGGAAGAUUUUUCACUAUGACACUUCAUCGACGAACAGGCAUUGGAAAGUCAUUGAAAGAAUGUUCAAACCAAAACGGACAAAAUAUUGAAAUAACUUCUUUCAGAUAUAAGUCAAGCCAGUACAUAUCAGACAGUGUAUCAGCGAUAAACAGAAAGCGACAUAUUGAUUCCAAAAUUUUAGAGACGGUGGAUCUAUCACCUUUGGAUGAUAUGUACAAGGACAGCAUAUACACACAAAACAUUGAAAACUACUUGGGUACCGUGAAGGUACCGAUCGGCAUUGUGAACGUGAAUGUGAAUGGAAUGCACGCCAAUGGAUCGUAUGCUGUUCCACUGGCUACGACGGAAUCGGCUAUGGUGGCAUCGUACUCGAGAGGUUGUAAGCUCAUCAACGAAAGUGGAGGUUUGAACACGGUUGUUCAGGAGAAAAAAGUUCAAAGGGCACCAGAAUUCGUAUUCAAAAGCUUGUCUGACGCCUACAAAUUCUUUCAGUGGUUUAACCGUCCCGAAUUGUUUCCGAAAAUGAAAGGAGUUGCAGAGAGCACAACCAAUCACGGCAAAUUAAUCAACAUAGUUGCUAAAUUACAUGGCAAUAAAGUUAUUACCAAGUGGAUGUAUGAAUCUGGAAACGCAUCUGGUCAGAACAUUUGCACCUUCGCCACUGAUGCGGCCAUUACUCACAUACUAACUGAGGCGCCUAUUCAGCCAGAAAAAUGGUAUUUAGAAGCGGGAGCUUCUCAAGACAAAAAGGCUUCAAUUGGAUUAUUUAAUAAUUCUAGAGGUAUCUACGUCACUGGUGAACUGGUGUGUCCUAAAGAAGCUGUAGAAAAAAUUAUGAAAACGACAGGUAGGCAUCAUUAUUGGCUCAACAUUGACCAUAUAUAG